UGUCUCACCGUUGCCAAACUCACGGCGCCAACCACCACCCUACUACUCCACUUUGGUCAUUUUCAUGUUCAAGUUUUCGGGAAAAAUUUAAUUAUCAAUUAAAGAAAUGGCGAAAUCCAAUAAUAACAAUUAUUGGCAUAAUUAACGUAACGUGUUAUCACCCAUUUUACUUGCAAAGGUGGAAGGGAGAAAGUUGCAAAUUCUGGUCCUAUUCGUGGUUGGUGGAUUGAUGGCUGUUUGUUUACGAAAAUAUGGCCAGAUUCCUGUACAAGCAACUUGUAACUUGCUUGUAACAAGCUGGGCUCCUCUGUUGUCUCGGUUGUUUCUUGUUCCUGGAAUUGGCAGCAGAAGACAGUAUGUUAAAAUAUCCCCCUCUGAGGCGACAGCUUUGCUACAGGAAAAUGAGUAUAGCGAAGAGGUUAACUACAAUUCCGUAAAAUCCUUUGACACAAAUCAACUUUCGUCCAAUAACCCGGUCGAAGAUGCUAGAGCAGAGGGACGCGCUCUGUAUACGACUGGAAUGUUGUUUGGUGUUUUUGAUGGUCAUGGUGGCCCAUCUUGUGCUCAAGUCGUGGCGAAACGGUUGUUGAAUUACAUUGCAGCCACUAUGUUACCUGCCGAAAUGCUUAAAGAGAUUUCUAGUCCUGGGUCUUUGCCUUCCAAAGAUGUGUCGCUUUUACAAUUUUACAACGAUAAUUUUGAAUUGGUCCAAGAUUUAUCAACGCUUUAUUCAAAGAGUUUCAACAAAUUCCUUCACAAGUUACACUCAAAUUCGACACGAGAAUUUAAAAUGGCUGAUGCAAUAUGUGAAUCUUUUGUAACAUUGGACGAUAAUAUUUCAGAGGAAGCAAAAUUAGAAAAAUUGGAUCCUUCUAGAAAAGUCAAGCCGGAUAGCUUACAUAUGAAAACAUUGUCAGUAGCACUUUCGGGAUCUGUUGGCUGUAUAGCACAUGUAGAUCAAGAACAUUUGCAUGUAGGCAGUAGUGGGGACUGUAGGAUUGUGCUAGGUUCGUGGGAUAGUGAAAAUGAAUCAUGGGUUGCCCAUGUCCUUACUGAAGAUCAUAAUGCUGAUAAUGCCAAAGAAGUGACCCGUCUUGUCAACGAGCAUCCGGAGAACGAAAGAGAUUCAAUUAUUCGUAACGAUAGACUAUUUGGACAAUUAGUUCCAUUGAGAGCUUUUGGAGAUGUUAGGUUCAAGUGGACUGCAAAUGACGUCAAGGAUUAUUUGGUACCAAUGUUAGGGGAACAAGCAGUUAUACUUUCUAGUCUAACCCCACCCUACUUGACCGCUAAGCCUGAUACUUUCUACCACAAGCUUCGUGCGAGUGAUAAAUUUAUGAUUUUGGCAACCGAUGGGCUCUGGGAUUUACUUUCACCUUCUCAAGCUGUUCACCUUGUUGGAGAGCAUACAUAUGGAAAAGAGGCUCUGAAACCUUUUAAUCUCCCUGAGAAAGGGCCCAUAGCGCUCGGAAAUUUACAUGGAACACUUACGUCUCGAAUUUUGGCGAGCAAACUUAAACCUAUUGAUGCCAAUUCGGCCACACAUCUAAUUAGACACGCACUUGGUGGUACAGAACAUGGGCUUGAUCAUCAACGUUUAAGCCAACUGUUAACCCUACCAGAUGACAGCGUUCGUUUAUUUAGAGAUGACAUAACAGCUUCAAUAGUUUUCUUCGAUAGUGAAUUUUUGAGUACUCGUCCAUUAUAGUCAUUUGAACAUUAAUAGCGAACACGAGCAUGUGACAUUUAAGUGUGUAUUUUAUCCUGUAUAUUCGUCAUGCUACCUGUAGAAUGAAUAUUAUUCCGUAAUCUCAAAGUUCAUAAUAUGCGUGACCUUAUUCUAACCUCUAGUCGUUCUCGUUGCGUUCUUCUACUUACAUCGGCAAGUAGUAGUAUUUACCUUAUUGCAAUCAUAUAAUGUGGUAAAAAUAUAAACCAUUUUAAGUUCUGUCUCCGGAAGGCAAUAAAAACACGCACAUUUAAUUACCUUAAAUAUUUUUUGUCUCACAUUGAACAAUAAUGAUUAUAACUUUGUUGCUAAUUCAGUUAAACAUA